UAAACAAUAUUCUGAAAAUAUUUAAAUUCAUUGCGAAGCUAUGAACUCCUUUUUGUUGUUUCUAAUGAUAUCCCUGAUAAGCGUGCCUUUUACAUUGCAAACCACAAUUAAAGCAGAUCUCAAAAGCAAUGCGAAUUCAAACGAUGGCAAUGUUAAGGCACUGGAUUACCGCAACUCUGUUGAAGAGAUUGUAAAGCAUCUUAUGGAGGUUUGGACAUCACCCUUAGUAUAUCUAAGGGAUCGGGGGUACUUGAGAACACCUAACGUUGGCUUUAUGCUAAUGUCGAAUGGUAUUAACGACUCGAAGGAUGAUAAGAAGAAUGGGGAACGUGCGACACGACGCUCAGAUAAAGAGGAUAACACGCCAAAUGACUUGAAAUACCUGUUUCGCACGCUCUUCUCAACCAGCAAUGACAUAAAUGUAUCCGAUAAAAUUAAAUCUAAGACAUGGGACAUGAAUGUACUAAAGAGCACCGUGCGCAACCAAGCCUCUAAAUUCUACGAAAAGAUCUAUGAUAGAUACAAUGGACAGACAGCGAAGACGGAUAAAAAAGUAGAGACGGAUACAGACAGAGAGGUUGCUCAGAUAAGUCCAUCGCUUGUAGCCAGUGAAAAGGCGAAGAAGAAAGAGAUAGAGAAGGAGAAGACGUCGACUAGUAGUGUAGAAGUUGCUCAUAAGCAGCCGCAGUCACAGCUACAGCUGAGCGACGGAAUAGCCCAAAUACUAACCGCCUGGGCCAAGCCCUUGCAGCAGCAGUCAAAGCAGCUCAAGGAACAGAAAGAAACAAAUCCAUCUACAUAGAGUUCAAGUUUAACAGCUUCGAUAUUGAUUUGGUUUCUAUAUAUACUUUUUAUAUUUUUUAUAUUUUUCGAUUAAUUUGAAAUUUGACGAGCCCUUCAAACCCAGUCCAGUGAGAGAAGGAGCGAGAGCAAUGCAAGCAAAAUCAUUUGGUCAUUGAGUUAAUUAAAUCAUUAGCAGCGAUUAAUUAAAACUCGUUUCCGAUCAGACCAAAAACCGGAGCUCGGCUAUAAAAAGCAGCUGCCCUGCUGCUAUUUGAACAAAAACAAAAAAACAAACACAACAAAAUAAUGUUGAAUCAUG